AAAAUUCUAAAUGAUAAUGUCAUUGAAAUCCAAAAAAGAACAAUCAUCACAUUUAAAAUACCCACCUUCACCACCACCACCAGCGGCGGCGGCGCCAUCCAGUUCAUCUAGUUUGAAUAAACAAAAUCAAAAAAAAAUGAUUAAACAUUCAGUAGUGACAUUUGAACAAAGUACAACACAUUCAUCAAAUACGCCAACAACAUGUUCUAAUGGGAUUCCGCCUACUUUAUCAUUCUGCUCUACCUCAUCAUCGCAUGUAUCACCAGAAUAUUGUUGUCGUUGUAAUACAAAUCAAUGUCAUCAACAAACUCGUUGUUAUAAAUUUUCUUAUUUAUUACGUGUUAAUCCACCUAUAAUACCAAAUGAAAUAUUAAAUUAUUUAGGAUUUAUUACAAAUUGUAUUUCAAAUAGUACAACACUGUCGAUGUCGACGACGGCGCCAACGCCAACUAUAAUAAGACCUUUAUUAUCAAAUGUCAAUGUGAAUUCCACGGGAAAAAUUAAAGUGAUUGUUUGUAUUAAUCAACAAGUUAAAAUUAGUCACAACAACAACAAUAACCUUCACCAUCAUCAUGCCAAUCAAGGUCAACUGGUGACCUCCAACUCCACAUCAAAUUGUAUUCAAAUAGAUGAGAAUAGAAAAUUCAUUCGAUUAAUCAAUCCAACAGGAUUACAUCGUAGAAAAACAGUAAUAAAUAAUACUAGUAAUGGUAGUAUUGUAAAAAAUUAUAAAUUUGAUCAUAUUAUCACAAAAGAUACAAUGAAACGUGAAUUUUAUUCAAUCGCUCUUAAUGAUGCUUUAAAUGCAGUGUUAAAUGGAAAAGAUAGUUGUAUUUUAACUAUUGGACAUAAAGCUACCGCGGCGCCAUCCAGUUCAUCCAUUUCAAAUAAACAAAAUAAAAAUAAAAUGAUUAAACGUUCAGUAGUGACAUUUGAACAAAAUACAACACAUUCAUCAAAUACGCCAACAACAUGUUCUAAUGGGAUUUCGACUACUUUAUCAUUCUGCUCUACCUCAUCAUCAUUACCAGAAUGUUGUUGUAAUACAAAUCAAUGUAAUCAACAAACUCGUUAUUAUAAAUUUUCUUAUUUAUUACGUGUUAAUCCACCUAUAAUACCAAAUGAAAUAUUAAAUUAUUUAGGAUUUAUUACAAAUUGUAUUUCAAAUAGUACAACACUGCCGACUUCGACGCCGGCGCCAACUAUAAGACCUUUAUUAUCAAAUGUCAAUGUGAAUUCCACGGGAAAAAUUAAAGUGAUUGUUUGUAUUAAUCAACAAGUUAAAAUUAGUCACAACAACAACAACAACAACCUUCAUCAUCAUCAUGCCAAUCAAGGUCAACUGGUGACCUCCAACCCUGCAUCAAAUUGUAUUCAAAUAGAUGAGAAUAGAAAAUUUAUUCGAUUAAUCAAUCCAACAGGAUUACAUCGUAGAAAAUCAGUAAUAAAUAAUAGUAGUAAUGUUGGUAUAAGUAGUAUAGUGAAAAAUUAUAAAUUCGAUCAUAUUAUCACAAAAGAUACAAUGAAACGUGAAUUUUAUUCAAUCGCUCUUAAUGAUGCUUUAAAAGCAGUGUUAAAUGGAAAAGAUAGUUGUAUUUUAACUAUUGGACAUAAAGCUACCGGUAAAACACAAUCAAUGAUUGGUUAUGAUGAUUAUUCAUCCAAUGAAUAUGGUAUUAUUCCAUACGGUAUAAGUUGGUUAUAUCAAUUAUUGAAUUAUCAAAAACGCCAAUAUAAUACAAGAUUUUCUAUAAGAAUAUCAGCUGUAGAAAUUACUGGAUUAAAUGAAGAAUUUCAUGAUCUGUUAGCAAAUACAAAAGUAUCAUAUGAUGAAGAAUAUUGUGAUAAAUCACCAAGUCAUUAUUUACAAACUACAUCACAGAAAUCAACGCAACGUAAAAAUCUCAACACAUCAAUGUACAUGAAUAAAACUAAUAAUUUAAAUGGGAAUUUUGAUAAGACACAAAUAAUUUCUACACAAAUGAUUAGCAAUUUAUCUAAUCUAUGUGAAUUACGUGCAUCGACAGCAGAAAAAGCUGCUUAUCUACUUGAUAUAGCAUUAUCAAAUCGUACAGUGCAUCAAUGUAACAAUUUAUCUGGUUUAUCACAUAUGUUAUUUACUAUACAUUUAUAUCAAUGUAAAUUAGAGAAUAAUAGUAGUGAAAUGAGUAUUUCUGGUGGUCGAACAAAAUUCCAUUUUCUUGAUUUGGGUUGUGGACGAUAUGGACAACAUCAUUUAAUUCAUACAAAUGCAUCUAUAGAGUUAACACAGAACAAUCACAGCAGUUCUACUGAUCAUUCAAUGUUCAAUAAACAGGAAACUACUUCUUCUACUACUACUACUACAAACCAUUCAAUGUCCAAUCAUACAACAACAACUCAUCAUGAACAAGAUGAAAAACCAACUGAACAUAGAACAUUAUCAAAAGCUCUUUCAUUAUCUGGUAUUGGUAGUGUUCUAUUAGCAUUAUUAACAGGUCGACGUCAAUUACCAUAUUCUAAUUCAGCAUUAACUUAUUUAUUACGUGAAGCUAUUAUUAGUGGUAAUCAAAUCCAGCCGUGUAUUUUAGCGCAUAUAUCUGAUAAUGUACAAUAUUAUACAGAGACAUUACAGAUUUUACAACUAGCCUCUGAAAUUAAUCGAUUGAAACGUCGUAAAAUCACCGCCAAUCAUAAUCCUCCUCCCCCUCCUCCUCCUCUUCAUCAUCAUCAUCAAACACCCGGAGAAAUGGACGACUCAUCAAAUUCAUCAACCAUAAAUACCACCGACACAGAAGAUUAUCAAUCGAAACUGUCAUCAUCAUGUCAUUAUACUAAAAAACAGCUGUUAUACAGACAACCUAAACUUGGACGAUUAUCUUAUCAACAUAAGGCUAAAUUAUUUGGAUCUUGCAAUUCAGAAUUAGAUUAUCAUACAUCAAGUGGUGAACAAUCGUGUGAUACAGUGAUUUAUCUUGGUCAUAAUAAAUCAAUACAAAGUCAAUAUCGUUUAAAUGAUGAUAGUCGAAUGUUGAAUAAGCUGAAUUCUAUGGAAAAAUUAGAAUCAAGAGGAUUAGCUGAUGGCAGAGUAGAUAGUAUAGAUAAAUUGUAUGAUUGUAAAGGCGAAGAAUCAUUUAAAUCAUUUGCCGAUUUGAAUAAUAAUAAUCAUAUUGAUGCAUUUAAACAAAAAAAUUCUAUGGAUCAGCAUCCAAAUACUUUACAUCUAAAUAACUUACCAACUGUAAAUAAUUCAAUUACUACAAUUAAACGUAUGAUUCCUAGAACUAAUGCAACUGUAUGGCCUAAUUUAAAGCAUCGAUUAAAAUGUAGAAAAUUUCUACAAUCCUCCUUAGAAUUAUCAUCAGCAUCAGCAUCAUCAUCAUCGGAGACCACUACAACGCUGACAACACCGACAACACUGACAACAACUGAAGAAACAUGGAUUGAUGGUCCAAAUGUUUGCUUGUCAUCAACAUCGUCAGCGCUGCAGACAGCGACACCGCCAUCACAGCAGCCACCUGCGCCGCCGCCACCUCCACCCUCUUAUCAUAAUUGUGUACAUAAUUUAAUCAAAGAACAUCAUGUUCAAACAUCAUUUUUAUCGAAUUCCGAAGAAAUAUGUGAACAAUUACAAGAGGAAUCAAUUAUAAAUUCAACUGAAUUACAAAAUAUACAUCCUAUUUCUUCAAUGAAUCAAUCAAUAGACCCUUUUAAUACUCAGAAUAGUAGUAAUAAUAAUAAUAAUAAUAAUAAUAUAUCAAGAGCAUUAUCUGAUAUCUCUGAAUGUACUGAAGAUGCUGACACAAUACAUGAUACAAAUUCAUUGAAAAAAUCUUUGAUAAAUUUAUCAAUACAUGAUAAAUUGUCAACUACAGCUAGUACUACGACGACGAAGACGACAGAUCAUAUGCUUCCGUUGUCGUUGUUGUUGUUGUCAUCGUCGCCAUCAGUCAACUUAUUCAGCUUUGAUCAUUUAUCACCAAGAAAUUCAUAUCAGUCAACGAUAUUAAAUAUAGGAGAAAAGUCAAAAAAUUCUAAUCAUCCUGUUUCUAGUAUUUCCACAAUGGUGAAUACUCCUACUACUCCUAGCAAUAAUACUAAGCCUACAGAAGUAUUACUUGAUAUUGGACGACAAAUUCGUGAAGCAUCGAAACGUAUUCAUUAUACAGUACCAACAUCAUAUGUAAAAACUGUAAAUGUACCUCAGUAUUUAACUCAUGUAAAUGAAGAUGAUGAAUUAAUGUCAAAUUUAAACAAUGUCAAAUCACCAUUAUUAAAUCAAGAAUUAUUUAACCAAUUAAAACAACCAGUUAGUAUGAAUGAAGCGGUUAUUACAUCGAAUCCUGAAGGUGAUAAUAGUAGAAUUUCUUUAUCAUCAAGUAUGAAAUUUACACAAAACAAUAAAUUGAACAAUGAACAAUUCAAUUCAACAAUUCCAUUCAAUGUAUCAAUAAACAGUCAAGAAAAAAAAUCAUCAUCAUCAUCAAAUCAACAAGUUGAUUGUAGCCCUGAUCAUAUAAAUUGUCAACAUUUUUUAACACAAUCCCAACUGAAUACAUCAAUUGUUGAUAGGAAAUUGACAUAUAACUCAUUACAUAAUAAUAAUACUAGUCAUACUGUUACUACUACUACUACUACUACUACUACUACUUCUACUACUAAUAGUAGUAGUAUUACUAAUAAUAUUACAAAUAAUUCUUUCAUUCGUGUCGCUGAAUGGGUUAGUUCAAUCAGUAGUAGUAUUAGUAGUACUAGUAGUAGUACAACACCAUGUUCAAAUCAAUCUAAUCAUUGUGAAAAUUGUUCAAUAUGUCACAGUAAUAAUAAUGAUAACAAUCCUUGUUUAAAUUAUACUUCACCAAAUAUGGUGAUUAAAAAAAGAAAAAGUCAUUUAAUAAAAAGUAAAAAUCAUGCAAACAAUUCAAUUCAUCAUCAUCAUCAUUCAACAACGCCGUCAACAACAUUGAAUAAUAAUUCAACAAUCGGUUCAUCAUUAUUUAAAUGUACAAAACCAAAUUAUUCAAUGUUCAAUUCAGGAUAUGUAUCGAAAUCAAAUGAAGUCGAUGAAAAUAAACAAAUAAUUCCAUUGUAUUAUAGUCAUAAUGAUUCAAAUAUACAACAAUCAUUUUAUUCAUCUCAUGCUAUGAAAUCAAAUGAUAUUUGUCAAAUACCCCAAUCUUAUUCUACACCAAUAUUUCCCUUAUCAUCAUCAUCACCAUCAUCUCAUGAAAUACCAACACCAACACCCCCACUACCACAGCCACCACAAAAUUUACACUCCCCUUACAAUUAUCGAUCAAACUCACUGACACCAGGUAGUUUCAUUGAAACAAAUCAUAUCAAUAGCCAAUUCAAUGUUCACACUAUGAAAGAUCAGAAAUUCAAACAAAAUCAAAUGAUCAAUUCAAAUUUAUUUUCUAAUCAUCCUAAUUAUCAUCAUCAUUGUUAUCCACAAACAUACACAAACCUAAAUAAUCAUGAUCAUAGUCAGAUGAUAAAUAAUUCACAUAUCUUUCCAUCAACACAUAGUUAUAGUAGAGAAUUCUAUCAGAACUCUUUUAAUAAUAUUGAUCAACAACAAAGUCAACAAGGAUAUACAUCAAUUCCUUGUCAUAGUCAUUACAUUCAGGAUCAAAUUAUUCCUCCUCCUACCACUACUACUACUGACAAUACUACUACUGUUACUACUAACAGUGAAGAGAAAUCCAAAAUGAAAUUAUCAUUUAAAUUUUUCACUUUACCGCUAUUACGUAGUUUUCGUUUACGUAAAAAGAUGAAAAAAGAAAAUUCCGAUAAAAUACAUCAACAUGAUACUAGCAAUCAGGUGUUUAUUGUGAAAAAUGAUCCAAAUACUAUUCAUACUACUAACAAUAAUCAUAGUAGUAGUAUGUUCAAAAAUAAUGAAUUAAUACCAACUUCUCCAUCCAUUGAAUCACCAAUAAAAUUAACUUCUUUCAGCCAUUCAAAUUAUUCUCAUCCCUCUUUCACUAGUGAUAAUAAUAGUAAUAAUAAUUAUCUAUUGCCUACUACAUUCAAUCAGCAGCUUACCACCAUUGAAAAUUCACAUUCAAUGUUCAGUGAUCAAUAUUUACAAAACAGUCAUCAUCCUGAUCCUCAUCCUCAUCAUCAUGGUCAUCAACCUUCGUCGAAUCAAUAUUUAUCUCAUGAAAAUCAAUACAAUCAUUAUCAAAAUCAAUUAUGUUGUGUCAAUAAUAAUAAUAAUAGUAAUAAUAAUGAAUUUUCAUCAAUUGGCGCUUCAUUUGAAUUGAAUACAAUCAAUGGAAAAUCAACAUGUCGAUCAUCUCGUCGAAGUGGUGGUGGCGUCGGCGGCGGAGGCAUUUGUCCUCUUGGUAGCGCUGGAGGUGGACCAUCUAGUAGCGGUUAUGAAAGUAUGCAUACUGGGGCUAGUGAAUUAUCACUACUAUCACAUCCAGAUUCAACAAGUGAUUGUUCUGGACAUAUGAAAGAAACUUUUAUCAGUAAACGUUCAUCUUUAGAUGAAUAUCGUCGACGAUGUCACAGUCAACAACAACAUCAUCAGCAUCGUCAACAUCGUCAACAUCGCCAUCAUCAUCAGCAGCAUAACUCUAAGGAUUCUUAUCAAUCUAAAUAUCAUCAAGAACAUGUCAAUACAAGUAAUCGAUUAAUUUCAUCAAAUGACCUUCAAAAUGGAUGACAAACAAUCUUUUAUACAUUUGGAUUCUCAUCCAAAAAUCAGUCCACAUUUGAUUACCUAGAACAUUCAGAAUUGUUCCGUCCAUUUAAAAAAAAUCUCUUCA